AUGUUCUCGGUUUUGCGCUGCAUCAGGGCCCAAUGGCAGAAACGCAAUUUCCUGGACGCCUGCUUCCCGCGAGAUUUUUUUUUCCAGGGCUUCCUUGGCUUGUUGCGAGUUUGUUCCCUCUCGAGUGCAGCACUUGCUAGGUUAAUUGCAUUGCGUGGCCUGACCAACGGAUGA